UAUUCUGUGUGAAUCGUAGCGCGUGCCGAAUUGUAAAAGAAAUGUCGGUAUCUUCGUCCACACAGGGAAAACAAGUUAAAUUUUACCCUUCCAGCUCAGCCAGCUCCGAUAGAGGCAUUCAGUGCGCAAUAAACGAUUCAGCUUCACAAUUGUAGAAUUUAUUAAUGAAAAGUAUAAAAAAGAAAUGCAAUUUAAACAUAACUACCUUGACAAAUGCAUAUAAUACUGGGUUCCUGUUUCGCGUUAAAAAAAACACGACUCCUAUACAAAGAAACUGCAUCUACAUAUGUGCAUAUAUGUACAUUUGUGCAAUCAGCCAGUCUGGCAGACACAGAGUGCAACACACAGCGUGUCAAUUUAGCUUUUGAUACAUUUAAUCUGGAUAAAAUAGGACGUGUAAAAAAAUUAAUUAGUCACAGUCAGUUGAAAAACAUAUGAAGUUGAAUAUAAUUUUGCAUUCAUAUAAACUAUACUGGCUGGCAUACUGUCUUAUGAUUUGCAUACAUCAAAAUAAAAUUUAAUUUUGCUCCAGCUUUCCGCCGUGCUGUGCAUAAGUGAUAGAUUGGUAUUCACUGCGUACAGAAAGUUUUUCUUUAAGACCGGUGAAUAUUCUAUAUAGUGGCAAGAUCGCUUGUUUUUUGUUUUGUUUCCUAGUUACAUUAAAACAUCAUGAGUGGAGAAGUUACUAUGCCACACAAUGGAAUAGUAUGCAAAAGUGAGAUCAUGAAGAAAAUUGACAGCAGCACGGAGAUGUCCCUCAUCGAGCAGCCUGUUAAAAAAUUACCGUCAGUAACAAUAUCUACUGCAUCAGUGUCUAAAUCAUCCACGUCGUCAUCUUCGUCAACUUCAUCACAUUUUUCGUGCACCGCCGAUAGCGGCAGUGGUAGUCUCAUUGAUGAUCGCUCAGACUUAACGGAGCAACUUUACAUUGAUCCAAAUCUAUAUGUAGACAUUGGUAAUGGGGAUUAUUGUUGCCCCGCUUCACCUACCACUGUACCCGGUCGAAUAGUGUCAUCAAAUUCAUUGGAGUCACCAGCACGGACCACUCCAUCACGACCGGCCCGCCGCCAACGCACUACUUCAGUUAAUAGUCAAUCGACCACCGCCAAUCCGGCAGAGUGCAUUAUACGUGCCAAUAACCGUACUAUUUACACAGCUGGACGUCCGCCAUGGUACAAUUGUGCCGGUCAGCAAGUAGAACCAUUCGUUAUUGGAGUUUGCGGUGGCAGCGCAUCCGGUAAAACAACAGUUGCACAAAAAAUCAUCGAGAGCUUAAGCGUACCAUGGGUGACAUUGCUUUCCAUGGAUUGUUUCUACAAGAUGUUAACAAAGAAACAACACGAACAAGCGUUAUUGAACGAGUACAAUUUCGAUCAUCCAGACGCAUUCGAUAUAGACUUAUUGGUGGAAGUGUUAACGAAACUAAAAGAGGGCCGCAUGGUGGAAGUGCCCAUAUAUAAUUUCGUAACACAUUCACGUGAAUCAAAGACUAAACCUAUGUAUGGCGCUAAUGUCAUAAUUUUUGAGGGUAUUUUAGCAUUUCACAGCCCAGAAAUACUUAAACUCUUAGAUAUGAAAGUAUUUGUAGACACUGAUGCAGAUAUACGUUUAGCAAGGCGUCUAAAGAGAGACAUUUCACAACGUGGGCGCGAUCUCAGUGGUGUACUCAAACAGUAUUUAACCAUGGUGAAGCCUUCUUAUGCCAAUUAUAUAGCGCCAACAAUGGCUCACGCUGAUAUUAUCGUGCCACGCGGCGGCGAAAAUAAAGUAGCCAUACAUCUCAUUGUGCAACACGUGCACACACAGUUACAAUUGCGUGGCUUCAAGUUGCGUGAAACAUUAGUGAAUUCCUAUAAAGAUCAACCAAUGCCAGAGUCGCUACAUCUACUGCCACCAACACCACAAAUCAAAGGACUGCAUACUUUUAUACGUUGUCGUGGUACUUCCAGAGAUGAAUUCAUAUUCUAUUCUAAACGUCUUAUACGUCUGGUUAUUGAAUAUGCAUUAAGCCUUUUUCCAUUCAAAACAACAACUGUGGAAACACCCCAAGGCGUGCUCUACGAAGGCAAACGUAUGGGUUCUCGUAAAAUAUGUGGCGUAUCUAUAUUGCGUGCUGGCGAAACAAUGGAACAGGCUAUAUGUGAUGUUUGCAAAGAUAUACGUAUCGGCAAAAUUCUUAUACAAACUAAUCGAAACACUGGUGAACCAGAGCUAUACUAUUUGCGAUUACCCAAAGAUAUCAAGGAUUACAAAGUCAUUCUGAUGGAUGCCACAGUGGCUACAGGUGCUGCUGCUAUGAUGGCUUUACGUGUGUUGCUUGAUCAUGAUGUGCCAGAGGAGAAUAUAAUAUUAGCUUCUUUGUUGAUGGCUGAAAUCGGAGUUCAUUCGAUUGCGUAUGCUUUUCCGAAAGUUAAAAUUGUAACAUCUGCACUGGAUCCUGAAGUAAAUGAUAAGUUCUACGUGAUACCCGGUAUUGGUAAUUUUGGCGAUCGCUAUUUCGGUACUGAACCUUCUGAUGACUACCUUUAACUAUUUAGAUUAAAAAAUUAACUUAAUAAAAUAUAAAAAGAUAAUAUGAAUUGAA